AAACGACCAACUUUUUACAUAAUUACAAGUAUGGCACAACACUAACACUAUAUUUGAUAUUGACCGUUUCCCAGGAGCGAGAGGACAGUGGUUUUUAAUUCCUUUCACUUUUCGUCACUUUUACCAAAAUUUUUAUUCAGCUCAUCAAUGGCAAUUGCUGCAAUUAAGCUUCCCCAUUUUUUCUAGGGUUUUAUUGUCCCGUCCGUAAUAAAUCCGCCCCUUUCUCAAUUGCUCUCUUAAUCCAUGGCCGUAUUGUUUGCUGUCUGUCACUGUAAAUCCAAUACUGUGAAAUAUCCAGAUAUAUAUAGAUAAGUACAAAAAUACAUACACACACAGAUAUAGAUACUGUUUUUUCUGUUAAUCUCUGUGUUUAAUUUAGGUAAUAAGAUCCGUAUUGUUAGGUCCCACUUAUUGAGUGUUGGCGUGUUAGGUUAGAGAGAGGGAGAAAAAUGAGCUGGAGGAGAGUGGCGAAGUCAUUGCAGGCGGUGGCCGCUCACAAUUUGCUCUUCGGUUUCACGCUCUUGCUCGUACUCAAACUCGAUCACACAGUUUCAUGCUCCUGGUGGGUUAUUUUCUUUCCAUUGUGGCUAUUUCAUACAGUUGUUGCUAGAGGAAGAUUCUCCCUACCCGCCCCAUCAGUUCCUCAUGAUCGCCAUUGGGCCCCAUGUCAUGCUGUGGUUGCGAUGCCAUUGCUUGUUGCAUUUGAACUGCUUCUCUGUAUAUAUCUUGAGAGUAUAUAUGUUAAUGGUUCUGCUUCCAUGAACCUGAAAAUUACCUUCCUUCCAUUGCUGGCCUUCGAAGUUAUUAUCCUUAUUGACAAUUUUAGAAUGUGCAAAGCUUUAUUACCUGGAGAUGAUGAAAGCAUGAGUGACGAGGCGAUAUGGGAGACACUUCCUCACUUCUGGGUGGCAAUAUCAAUGGUUUUCUUUCUCGCUGCAACUUUGUUCACCCUCCUGAAACUUUGUGGUGAUAUUGAUGCUCUUGGCUGGUGGGACUUGUUCAUAAAUUAUGGGAUUGCUGAGUGCUUUGCGUUUCUUGUUUGUACAAAAUGGUCAAAUCCAAUAAUUCACAGAAAUUCUCAAACAAGAGAAGAAAGUUCAUCUUCUAAUGUUAUUCGGUAUCUUGACUGGACUAAUGGCCUAGUGGUAUCCGAAGAUCAUUCCCAGGAUAGAAUGUGUGGUCUACAGGAUAUUGGUGGCCACCUCAUGAAAAUUCCAAUUAUUGUUUUCCAAGUCCUCCUUUGCAUGAGACUCGAGGGAACGCCACCUCGCGCUAGACAUAUCUCGGUUCCAGUUCUGUUCUCUCCUAUAUUUGUCUUGCAAGGUGCUGGGGUCUUGUUCGCUUUAUCCAAAUUGAUUGAGAACGUUGUUUUGUUACUACAAAGUGAUGCUAGUGGAGGAGCAUAUUUUGUUUAUUCUUCCAGAAUUUAUGAAUGCUUUGAUUUCAUGCACCAUGGCUCCAGGCUGCUCGGCUGGUGGUCCAUUGAUGAAACAAGCAGAGAAGAGCAGGCUCGCCUGUUUCAUGAUGGGACCUCAGGUUACAACACGUUCUCUGGUUAUCCACCUGAGAUAGUUAAAAAACUGCCAAAGAAGGAUCUUGUUGAGGAGGUGUGGAGACUUCAAGCAGCACUCGGUGAACAGACAGAAAUUACGAAAUAUAGUCAGCAGGAGUACGAGCGACUUCAACAUGAGAAAAUUCUGUGUAGAGUCUGCUUCGAGGGGGAGAUUGGGAUUGUACUUCUUCCUUGCAGGCAUCGUAUUCUUUGCAGUUCUUGCUCUGAUAAAUGUAAGAAGUGUCCGAUUUGUCGGCUGUCUAUUGAAGAGCGGUUACCUGUGUAUGACGUAUAGGCAUUGUGCAUAGCCUGACCUUUGCCCUUACUCAGCUUCUGAAAGCUUUCGUUUUUUUUUUUUUCGGAACAUGAUGAAGUAACAUAGUUUUCUCCUAAACCAUAACAGUGAGCGUAACUUUGACCCAACUAAACACGAACGCUAAAGCGUAUUUAUGUGCUGUUGUGUCGAAGACUUUUCUUUUGUUUCACAUGUAUAUAUGCUUAUAGUUGUGGUUCAGUGAGGGGAGAUCUAAUAUAGUUCGAUUUUCGUGCGAAAAAUUUUGUGUUACCAAGUUCCUGCCAUGGUAUGGCUGCCAUUAGAAAUUUGUGAAGUAUGAAAGUUAACUGCUAGAAGAUGUAUAUAUUUUUUGGGGCUUCUAAAUGUUUA